UUUAUUCUGAGUGUCACAUAAACUGUACUGACAUCAGUAUUGCACUAAAAUUUUACUCUGAAUUGGUGCGUGAUCAGAGUCUCAAAAGAAUGCAACCAGAAAUCAUGGGUAAUUGGCCAGAAUUGAACGAACAGCCAAUUUUUACCCUAGAUUUGAAGAAGAGAAAUUGGCGCUAUAGAGGAGAAGGCAAUGCUAACUUGGUACUUGCCCUACCAGAUGAAUGCUUGGUGCUACGAUUUCACAAAUAUGACCGGGAAAAGACGUUUUCUGAGCGUGAACGCAUCGAAGAAUUCGAGAGAGCGUUGCAGGAAGCUGUGUUCUGUGACAGUGUGAUGGUGCCUCUUAUUGGAAGGGCUUACAUUCGGCCUCCAAAACUAGCUGUAAUCGAUCAAUCCCAAAUACAGAGCCUCGAAAACGUACUAGAUCACUACCAACCAGCUCAUCGCCGACACAAGGGGAUCAAAUUUGGAAACGUGACCAUCUAUCCCGACUACACAGUACUACCUCACAAGUCCGAAAAUAUGAUAAAUAUGAACGACUUACUUGGAAGUGACUUGCAGGAUCACUCUUUGCUCAAUAAUCCUACAUUCAGGACUCCAAAUCAGAUCAAAGUGCAUAGGAUUGUGUUUGGUGAUGUGCCGACACCCAGCAACGAAAAUCAACUAAGUGUGCAGCAACAUUUCGACAUUCCAGUGCCCGGUUUGGGUAGAAGAACAUUCAAACGCUCAAAACCAAACGAAACGAAAUCUAGCAUUUUCUGUGUAGAAAUCAAGCCGAAGCAAGGAUGGAUACCUGACGUCGACAGGUCUAAACCAAAAUGUACUUAUUGCCUUACUCAGUACCUGAAGCUUUCAGAAGGAAAUAUUGAUAAAAUAAGUGAAUAUUGUCCUUUGGAUCUAUUCUCUGGAGAUGUUAAACGGAUGAGGAAAGCAAUUAAGGCGCUUCUAAUGCAACCUCAAAACAAUUUGAAAAUUUUCAAGGAUGGUGAUCUCAUUUAUAGUGAUAGUGUGCAAAAUGAUUUGUCAAUUAUACUCAAGGAAAUGUUUCAAGAGACUUCAAGUAUUCUACAAUUAGAUGAUUUUGGCAGUAUUGUGUUUUACAGAGCAGUGGAAAAAUUUGCCAACCUAGUUCACCAAGUUUUGACUACUGAUGGAACUGAUGAGACUGAAACAGUACUACAAGUCGAAGAUUUGGAUGGAACAGCAAUACCGUUGCCAUCAACACAAACCGACCCACAUCCAACUCAAUCGUGUAAAUGGACAAGUUUGUCCCUUCCUAAAAAUUGUGUUCUAGACCGUAUCAUGAAAAUUCAGCAGCUGCAACAAUUUGGGAUUGAAGACGUGUAUAAAAUGUAUAGGAAUAUUGGACCAGUAGCUCAUGACUAUGCUUAUGUAAAAAGCUUAUGUAAUCAACGAGAGCCCAAGAAACUUUUAUUGAAUCCUAUUCAACGCUACCUCUUAGCUACAUCAGCCAAAGAUUGUUCUAUUCUGAUCGCUUUCAAGCAAUUGUCCGAAGGUGACACAUGCUGUGUUGGUGACAAAAUGCUGACGGACGUUCAUGGACAAAGAUUUGUUUGGAAUGUUGGAGUGUCCGAUCUUGAUCCAAAGCCAUUCUCCUGCAUAGAGAAACAUUGGAAGCGCAACUCGAAUGUUUUAUCGGCUUACAAUCGAUUUGUAAAGAGCAUGUAAAUCGGAAUAGUAUAUUAGGUCACGCGGCCGGCAAGUAUGUGUUUAUUGGACAAGCAUGAUGUUUAUGUAGUUGCCAAUACUAGAAUUUCAUGCGAAUCCCGAAAUAUUCAUUCACCACACUACAAAUAACUAAUAUGCAAAUAACAACAACAAAUAACCAGAUGAACAUAAAAAUAACAAAAUAUAAACUAUAUUUUAUUUUUAAAAAACUAAAACAAUUGUGAAUAAAACAGCCGAUCAGGGUUGCAAACCUGCGAAUGACAAGAAGACCCCUGAACAUGAAGGUGAUCGGUAAGAAACCACUUUCCGGUGCACUUAUUGAAUCAGCUGGUUUUAUUUACAACUACCUAUCUUUCCAUCCUAGAAAAAGAUCUGCAAUCAUAAUUAUGUUUUACUGCACAGUGUGAUGAGGAAUAUUAAUGUGGAACUUGCGUGAUUCGAUUUCGUUUAUUACCAUUUAAUUUGAAGUGUAUUUGGAAUACUGGAAUUGUAUUCAAUUUAAAAAUGGCACCCUAUAAAAUAAUGAUUUAUUGUAAACGUUUUUAGAAUUAUGAAUUAGUUACUUAAAGUUUCCAAUGAAUCUCUGCUCUGCUUGGCCGAAAGAAUAUCAUUCGUUCCUAUCGGAGUGUUCACACAUGGCAGAAGUAUUAAUUCUCAAAUACAAUAUCAUUAAUUAUUGACCGAGCGAAGUGAGGUCUAAGAUUCAAGUCGACGGUUUGGCAUUUCUCUUAAUGUUUAAAUGUUUAUAUGUUGCGCAUUUUCGGCGAAACGCGGUAAUAGAUUUUCAUGAAAUUUGACAGGUAUGUUCCUUUUUUAAUUGCGCGUCGACGUAUAUACAAGGUUUUUGGAAAUUUUGCAUUUCAAGGAUAAUAUAAAAGGAAAAAGGAGCCUCCUCCAUACGCCAAUAUUAGAGUAGAAAUCAGACUAUAGAAUUAUUCAUCAUAAAUCACAAGUGAUUACACAGAUGUGUGGAGAAGCCAGUCUAUUGAUGUAUUUCCAUAAGGUCUAUAGUUUCAAUCAGGUACUUGUGGAUGAAAAUACUGCGUGAGGUCUACUGUUCACAGAACUACUAGUUAGGGGAGUGUUCACACAUUGCAGAUUUUGAAUGUGUGAGCAACUCUCAUAAGAGCCAAUGGUAUUAUAUUUCUGCCAAGCAGACCAGAAAUUAGUUGAUAAGCAGGGCUUUGAGUUGGGAAGUACGAUUAGUAUUUAGAAUGAAAACGAAGUCAUACGAGUACAUGGAGGUACUGGCUUAGAGGAAAUAUAAUUCCUGUAAUAUCUAUACGUAACAUUGAUUGGUACUAGCUAUAGUUAGUGCACAAGGAGAAGACCCCUGGCGGUCAUUUUGAGGACCCACUAUGCAUGCGCAGAUCUGACAUUUCUUGUGUAAAAUACAGACUUCCAACUAUAAUUUUUUGCACUGAACAGCAUCAGUCAUAAGAAUAUCAUAGUAAAAUUACAUAAUAUUAUUAAAAUAUCAUCAUGUUUAUCAAUAUUUUUUAUUGUAUAUUAUUAUACAGUAUUUUUUUGCACGGUAAUGUAAGCAUGUCUUUUUACCAAGAGCAACGAGUGUUCCUUCUAAAAUAGUAGUUUACCAGUUAUUCAAUGCCUUCAGAUUUUUUCUGGGUUGGUAAUAAUUAUUAUGUAGAUUAGUAAUGCAUAGAACAUAUAAGAAUAUAUGUGCAUAGAAGUUGAAACAAAACAUUCAAGUACUAAAACAUAAGUUAAAAAUGUCUGCCUUGUUAAAAAAAUUGUUUUACCAUACUUUCUAACAUUUUUGCAUAUGAAGUAUCUCUAUAAUAGUUUGUUGUAAUGUUUAUUUUCAGAGUAAAAAGCCUAUUUUUUAAAACUUUCGAGAUAACCCUGCGGGAAUAAAUUUGGAGGCGUUUGAAUACGGGAAAAAAUGUUUAAGAGGAACACUUGUUGCUCUUGGAAAAAUCACAUGAUCACAUUAUCGUACUCAAAGCAAUACUGCCACAAUAAACAAUAAAUUACUUUACAUGUAUUUUUUAGAUAUAUAAAUCGUGAUGCUAUAUUUUGGUAGCCACACAAGUAAUAUUUAUAAACCCGCAAUUCACAGACAGGUUUAUUUUUGGAUGUGCAUGACUUUAUGAACUAACACUUUAUGUGUUAUCAGACAGACUUGAGGAAUCAGACAGGCGAUAUUUUCGUUGUGCACUUUCUAUGAACACUGAAUUACAUUACUGACUGCAAUAAGAUGGAUCAUGUUUGAGCGUUUUAAACGGUCUUACCCAACAGUUUCUUACAGUUUUGUGAAAAUUUUUAGUUUGUUCAGUGAAAAUUCCAAUCUGCCAUUAUGAUAAAUAAAACUAAAGAAGAUGAUUUUAGAUGAAACUGGACCGUUACUGGUGUGUACUACUUAUUUUCAACAGAACAACUGAAAUCAAUUUCAUGAUGAAAACCUUCUGUCAGAGAAAAGAAAGAAAACCUGUGGAACGAAUAUAUUUCAACUUUUAUUCAAGCUCUGGGCUUUAAAUAAGAUUAUUGUACCUGUAUAAUUACAAUGUGGAUAUACUAAUUCGAAUUAAACAAAUUGUAUUACAUUACUUAUUUGUUGGCAACUUACACUUUGAAAUAAAUAUACUAUGAAUGUU